UGAAAAGUCAUAACGACAGACAGAUAUUUGUCAAAACGGAUUAGUGACAAACAAUAUGGCCGACGUAUCGAAAAAGUAAGGUUGUUUUGUAUCUUGUUGGUGAAUUUCCAGUGCAUAUAGAAACGUUAAAAUGCCUAAAAUCAAAAAACCUAUUGAAACAACUAGAACCAGAAGACAAGCAAGCAAAGAGGCUCUUAAACAACUGCAGCUGUUAUUAGAUGAUGAUGAUGAAGAUGCAUUCGUAAUACCAGAUGAUGAAGAUAGUAAAAAAGAUGUACGUUUGGAGCUCCCUCCCCCUCCCAAAAAGAGAGCUGUGUCGCCGGUAAUGGAAUCACCCACCCCUAAGAAAAAGUAUAAAUUGAGUCAUAGGAAAUCAUCAGAUGGAAACGAUCGAGAUGUUAUAGUUCUAAAAAGCAUAUCUAACUCAAAUUAUGUCUCUAAAGAGAAUACUCUAGAAUUGGAAUGUUUUGUUGAAGAAUUGUCAGAAGUACAAAAAAAAAGGCAAAAAGAGGUAGAAUCAGAGGAGAAAGAACUUCAAGCCAAACUAGAUGAAUUGUUAAAAAGCAGAAAGGCAGAAGUUGUAUACACAGGUGGAAUAAGUUCAGCAGUGGAAGUUAAUGAGCUCAUUUCCAAUUGUGGUACCAAAUCUAUUUUCAACCCAAAUGAUCUGCCAGAAGUAGGAGGAAUGGAGGAACAACCUUCACCAACGUUCCAAUUGGUUAUGGACCCAAGGCUUGGCAUUAUUGUUGGAAGUGUUCCAAAAACUACAAAUUCUGUACAAAUUGCUGGACCUGCUGUCACUAAAGGCAAACUCCAAAUAUCUUCAGCAGUCAAAGCUGUUGCAACUCUACCACAAAGUACCUCUCCGCCUCCAACAAGAACUAUGAGAUCAAGAAGAAGUGUAAUAUCUACUCCACCACCUAGCACCCAAACUAGACCAAAUAAUCCAAUACCAAGCAGAGCAAACAGUCUGGGUGUGAUGACAAGAGGAAAUGCAACUACGCCUCGCUCCAACAACUCUGUGCCUGGCAAGGGAGUACCACAAAUAACAUCUGUUUCACCAACAAUACAGACCAGGGGCAUGAAAACUACACCUAUAAUUCAAACUAGGAAUAACAAGACAACACCAACAACAGGCAAGAGGCCUGUUAACGUCCCCGCUGAGAAACCUAAGCAAGUGGUGGAUUUAACAUCGGAAGAUAAUCGUAAUCAAGCUGAUAAUAGGGAAAUUUCAUUCAAUAAACUUCAAGGAAAAACUUAUCCCUCUCUGGUCGUAGUUGCAAGGCCACAUCUGAGGGUUACAGACCUGGCAGUAGACAGGCCAAAACUUGAUUCGAAAGUGAAAAGUGUACUGAUGCACCCUCCGACGAAGUUCACUGAAUGGUUGAUACAACAAGGUGUUAUUCGUGCAGAACAAAAAUGUCCUGUACAUAGCAAUACCCAACUCAAACUAGGAAUGUACAGUGAUGUGACGAAGUUUCCAUUUUCUGGGGGCUAUGUAUGGAUAUCCGAGUGCUGCCCACAACGAUUUGUGUCAGUUUUCAAUGGAUCCAUUUUUGAAGGAUCUCCUCAUCCCCCAGUCGUUAUGUUGAAGCUCAUCUAUCACUGGUCUUGCCAGACAAACAUACAAAAUGUUACACAGUGGGUAAAGGUAGAUAAUCUUUAUGUGAAAGGAGUCUACACAUGGCUUAGAGGUGUGUGCACAUUAGCUGUACAGAGCCGAUUACGUCAAUUAGGUGGUCCGGGAAGUCGAAUUGAAGUGGGUGUUAUUUCAUUGGGAACCACUUCCCAUGACGGUAACCAACGUCAGGUGAAAGUUGAAGUUCUAGGGGUCUUGGAAUCUACUACUAAAUAUGUGAGGCUUAGAGCAGUUGAACCUAUGCCAGAUGGGGAUAGAAACUUCAGAAAAAAGUUCUCUAAGAUUUUGGAACCAAUUUUGCACUGGGUUCAUCCUGGAAGCACAAUAGUAACUGAUUUAACUGUAGAUAAAGUCACUUUGAAUCACAUGGGUUUCUCAAAUGUGGUCCAAACUACGUCAAAUGACUACAGCCAGAGUAAUAGAACUAUAAUGGAGUACCUACGAAGAAUAGUACCUAGAAUGUUCCAAAAUACGCUGUCCUUAUUGUCUAGACAAAUAAUUCAGCAGUUUUUGGAUGAACUUGUUUGGAGAGAAUGGUUUGGCAUUACAUCUCAAAUGGCAUUUGAUAAUAUAAUCACCCAUCUUGCUGAGCAGACUAGAAUGAAUUCACAAACACCUCUUGUGCUUAAAUUGAAUAAAGUUGCAGCUAACCCAUUCAGGUCUUGGAACAAUGGAUCCGUUAGUCCAUUACCUAGUAAUAGUUCCACACCAGCCCCUACAACUCAGACACCUGCAACCACAGUUGUGACACCAGCUAAAACUCUGGUAGCAGAAGUUAAAAAAUAUGGAAGAGGGAAAAAAAGUAAUUCUCCUCAGGUCCAAGUUGCUCAAGAACGACCUACCAAACCGGUAUCGCCUGAUGUUCCUGAACAAAUGGUACCCCUGGAAAAUUACUAUUAUGGUACAAUAGAUCCCAUGGAAACUACGCCUCAGAAGAUAACAUUGAAUAUGAAAUGUCCCUUUUGUAAGAGCAGCUUUGACAACAAUAUUCUCCUACAAAAUCACCUUUUCAAACAUGCCCACAAUGUUUCAAAUGAUGCUUAUCUAUGCCGUUAUUGUUUGACAAGUGUUUCAACUGCGAAUGAACUAAUACACCAUGUUAAUAAAUGCCAUCCAGGAGGUACCAAAUUUGAUUAUGGAUUUGUAUGCUUGAUUUGUGAGAUACAUUACAUGAAUCCAUUUGUGUUGGGAAAGCAUAUGUCGAAAGAACACAUUCCUCAUGAAUUACCUUAUCAGUGUGGGAGCUGCUCUUACAGAUGCUCAAAUCAUAAGCAAGUUAUUGAUCAUUUCUAUGUGAAGCAUGAUGGAGGUUCGACGAUACAGUGUCCAUUCUGCUUGAAAUCCACAACUGUUUGGUCAAGUGGAAGAAAUGUGGCACAAAAUAUUCAUUACUUCAUCCAGCAUCUUCAGAAGCACCAGAAAAAACAAUUUGCUAAAAGAUGUGGAAAAUGUAAUCUCUGGUUCGUUCAAAAAGAAGUGCUGAAGGAACAUCAGCAAAAAAUGCACAUAUCUCUUCGUGGUAAAAUGGGACUAAUACCUUAUUUUUCACCUAGAAAUGGAGUUAUGGUACCAAAAUCAAAAAUGGACAAAAAUCCUUGUGAUGCAGAAGUGAUAAAUUUUCCAUCUCUUUAUUAUAACAUUUCCAGUAAUUCGAUUUGCAAAGAAUGUAAUCAGACCAUCACGUCGUCUAAGCAUUUUCCCUCAUUCGAUAAUUGUCAGAAUCCCAACUGUCAAUAUUCCACAUGCUGUGCCAUUGCCAUGAUGACUCAUAAUGCAAAAUGUAAAGGACUUAACUCUGUGAUACCCCCUGAAACAUUACCGUUCGAAAUGUUCUGCGUCUGUGGAUUCAGAGACUCUGAUGGAAAUUCCAUGGCGAAGCAUUUAGCACUGUGUGAAAAGAAAUCGGCCUAUCCUUCAGAAGCAGACGCAAAAUCUGCUACAGUAAUGCAUAGUAUGUUGGAUAUCUUAGGUUUAGUUCGUAAACCUGAAGAAAAUAAAAAUGAAAAGGCCUCCCAUUCAAGUAAUAUAAACAACAAGACUGAAGUAACUGAUGAUUCAUCAAACUCCUCCAGAAAGGCUAAAUUUCCUGUUGGAAUUGAGAUAGAUGUAAGUGAUGAAGAAAUGGUACCAGAUGUAACAGGUCCCACCAAAGCAAACGAUCCUUCUGUUGAAAUUGAUUUGGAAGAUACCAGACUAAUUGAAAGUACGUCUACCUUGAAAAAUACAGAAAAUAAGGAUAAAAUGAAUGCAAGUCUCGAAAACACUGCAGAAGUUUUUGAAAACACUUCAGUUGCUGAAAAUAUUACAGAUGAGAAAGAAGAUAUAAUUCAAGAUCAAAGAGAAAUUGGAGAAGGGGUUAAGGAAAAUAAAAAUGAUAUCGAACAAACUGAACAAGAUACCAUUAUGAAUGAAGUAUCAAUUGUAUCUCCACAUUGUAUAUCAAAUACUAAUGUCGAAAGUAUUGAAGAAUCCAAUAAGGCAAUUGAAAGUACACCUGAAAGUUCUGGAGAUGUUCUCAAUAUAAAACAGACAGAACAGGAAAGUGGAAAUACAGUGGAUAUCACCAACAAAUCAGUAAAUUUGUCUGAAAGUGAAGUUACAGAUCAAACUGAACUCAUGACAAAACAUGAUGGAAUGGAAAAACUAAAUGAUGAUCAUGACAGCCAUAAACAAGAAAGUUUGGAAAUAAAUGAACCAAUGCAUGAAGAAAAUAUGGAAAUAAGUCAGCAUCAUGAAGGCAUGAGUCAUCAAGAAAGUGAAGAAAAUGUUAUUGUUCAUACUGAAACGCAGGAAAAACCAAAUCAUACUGAUCAUUCAAUACAAGAAAUUGCAAUGGACCCUAACCUAAGCACGGAAAUAGAUCGGCCUCAAGAACAUCAAACUGAAGAAGGUAUUGCCGAAGAAAUUGAUACAAUUCAAACAGAAAGGGAAACUAUAAUUGAACAGGAUGUUGAAGAAAUUGAGAAAAAUGAUAUUGAACAGAGAAUAGAAAUUGAUAGUUUUGAAAAACCAAUAGCUCUUACUGAGGCAGCACCUAGUAAAAAUAUUGAAAAAAAUUUAUCUGAUCAGGAAAAUGAUGAUAAUGAGAUAAUUAUUCCAGAAGGAAGAGAACAGAGCCAUAUUGAAGAAGAAACUGAAAAAAAUGAAAGAGAAAUCGAUACAGAAAGCAUUACCAGAAACGAAAUUGAUCCUUUAAUGGAAGAUAUCAAACCCCCCACAAACGAGGAAAAUAUUACAGAUGAAGGAUUAGAGGAUAAUCUUCAAGUACCAGAUGUGGGAAUUGACCAAAGCAUUCAGAAAGAUAUGCUUAAAAAGAUCAAUAAUGAAGAGAUGAGAGUUGAGGCAGAAGUUACUGGUGCAACAAAUCAUAAUGAUGAACAAACUGAAGGUAUGGAGAUUCAUGUACAAGAAGAAGCCUCUACACAAGUGAUUGAAUCAGGUGAAUUCAAUAAAAUUGAAAAGGUUACAGAAAAUUCUGAAAGCCAAGCACCAGAAGAAGUAUUGUCACAACAAACUGAACCACUUGAAUUAAAUGAAAAUAAAAUUAGUCCUAUGGAAUGUGAAGAAGUUUCUGCAGUAUUGGAUAAUGAAGGGGCAUCAGAGGAUAGAAGAAAACCUCCUGAUGAGGAAUCAAAUAAAGAGAGUGAAAAUUUGCAGGCAAAUACUUUAAUAAAUGAUAUUCUGUCAUCUGCAGAUAAUACAAUAUCCGCAAAUUUACAUUCAACAGAAGGUUUAACAAGUAUGGAGGUGGACUAGAUAGUUUAAGUUAAUAAGAUUAUUAUAAUAAUAAUUUUGUAAAUAUUUCUUUGAUGGAUUCUUCAAAUUGUAUAAAGAGUGUUUUGUUUAUAUUGCCAAAAGAAAAUAGUACCACUAUUUAGUCAGGUAUCCUGAAAUUGAUUCCCAUCCGAUGAAUUAAUUUAUGAAUAGAUUGUGUAUUCAAUUUAAUAUUUUCAAUGAGAAAUCUUCUAUAUGUUUAUAGUAUCAGUUUAUGGAUAUCUGAAUUUUUUGUUGAAGAGUUUUAAUUAUGUAUAAACACUAUUACAAUAUUCAAAUAAAUUUUUUUAUAGUUCUCUUA